GCCUUCCACGUUUACACCGGACGUGGCAGUCUGGAGUGAAAUCACAGUAACUUCCCUCCCUCAACCGUGACUGGACCCGUUUUAAACACAUUUCGCUUUGCUGUUGUCGUGGUUAAAUAUCAGUUCUAGUUUUAAAUAGUCAAACAUCCUCGGGCAGCCAUGGGGCUCACCAUCUCGUCGAUCUUCGGUCGGCUGUUCGGGAAGAAACAGAUGAGGAUUCUGAUGGUUGGACUAGACGCUGCUGGAAAAACAACAAUCCUGUACAAACUGAAGCUUGGUGAAAUUGUGACCACUAUCCCAACCAUUGGUUUCAAUGUGGAGACGGUAGAAUAUAAAAAUAUCAGCUUCACCGUUUGGGAUGUGGGUGGCCAGGACAAGAUCAGACCUCUCUGGAGGCAUUACUUCCAGAACACACAGGGUCUUAUCUUCGUAGUGGACAGUAACGACAGAGAACGAAUUAUUGAGUCUGCGGAGGAGCUCUCCAAAAUGCUUCAGGAAGAUGAGCUGAGAGAUGCCGUCCUGCUGGUAUUUGCCAAUAAGCAGGACCUUCCAAAUGCCAUAACGGUCAGCGAACUGGCAGAGAGACUCGGCUUGCAUUCACUUCGCAGCAGAAAAUGGCACAUCGAAUCCACCUGCGCCACCCAGGGCACCGGGCUGUAUGAAGGACUUGACUGGCUGUCCAAAGAGCUGUCGAAGAACUAAUGAAGGAUCGGCUGGACAGCAGAGUGUGACUGAUCAACACGGGACUUGAGAAAAGACUCAGACGUUCAAUCCAGAGCCAGUUUGUUUUAGCACCAAUGUUUACAAAAAAAACAACAAAAAAAAAAAACCCUCCAACCUGUUGGACAGUUAACUCAGUUAUGAUAACCUCUGUUUUUAAAUCUAUUCAGUAGUUUCUUUCUUUGUGCAUGGUCUUUCCUUUUCACACUCAUUCAUUUACACUUCCUGUGUAAAUGGUGGGCAUGGUGAGAAAAUUAUAUGUUUAGAGAUUUCACAGAAAGAAAUGCAUUUAUAAAUUUCGGUUUGACGGUAGAGGUCGUCUGGUGGUCUCCCUCAAGCUGUUAAUUGCCAUGCCCCCCUGCUGUUAUUUGAUUUCUGGAUGCUUGGUCUUUUGUUUUACUUCUGUGCCAGCUAACCGUUUUGUAAUUCUGUGGUUUGAUUAAUAAUUUGCUUGUAGUUUGGUGCCAAAAAAAAACAAAAAACAGAUUGCCUUCUGGUCCCCUGUGGUAUAGACCUCAGUUAUUCAUUUCAUGUUGCAUCAUUAGGUGAAGCUUCUCCUCGUGAUGCAUUUAGGUCUUUGUGCUUUUGCGAGAUGAAGUUAUGCAACUCUCCGCUUUGUGCUGCAUUGUAUGCAGUGUUGCAGCAGAACCACACCACUGUGAGUAUAGAUUAAUGUCUUGCAGCUUCCUUAUAAACUCUGGAUCUCACUUAUCUCAGUUUCUUGUGAAUUUGUUUUCACAUGCUUUGUUUUUCUGCUUUAAAACCAGCAAAAAAAAUUUAUUUUUAUUUUAUUUUUUCCUUUUCUGUCAUCUAACAGAAAGUAGCUUCGGCCCAAAGGAGGAAGGAAGUGUUUUCUCAGUGUUGACACAGGACCUGAGACAUUGCGACACUGUGAAGUCUCGUUUUAUUCCCCUCUCUCCCCCUUUUUUUUUUUUUUCCAGCAACAUAUAAUGUUGACUUUGUUGUACUGUGUAACAAACACUGUAAAGUAUUAAUUACUUUCCUCUUUCUCUUUAAUAAAACACACAGCAUACUGACCUAUCAGCAUACUGACCUAUCAGUUUAUCUUAGUGUACAUUCCAGCUUUGGGAUAUUUGUUGUCAGUGUCUUUUAAAACAAAAAGCUCUGAAUAAAGCCACUGUUACACUAACCC